UGUUAGGGGCAGCCCCGGACGGGAGCGGGGCCGCAGGACCGGACGGGGCCAUGCGGGAGCUGCGCUCGUCCUCCUUCUGGAGGGCGGUGGUGGCCGAGCUGCUGGGCAGCCUCCUGUACACGCUGCUGGGGCUGGGGGCGUCGCUGCGCUGGGUGCCCGGCCCCCCCAGUGUCCUGGCCGCGGCUCUGGCCUUCGGGCUGGCUCAGGCCACACUGGUGCAAGCGCUGGGGCCGGUGAGCGGCGGCCACGUCAACCCCGCGGUCACCCUGGCUCUGCUGAUGGCCUCGCAGCUGUCUGCGGCUCGGGCCGUGGGUUACAUCCUGGCGCAGGUGCUGGGGGCGCUGGCUGGGGCUGGGGUCCUCUAUGGGCUCACCCCGGCCCCGGUCCGAGGCACCCUCGGUCUGAGCGUGCUGCACCCGGGCGUGGGGCCGGGGCAGGGGACGGUGGUGGAGCUGCUGCUGACGGCGCAGUUCGUGCUCUGCGUCCUCGCCAGCCUCGACGAGCGCCACGACGGGCGCCCGAGCGCGGCCGCGCUGCCCGUCGGCUUCUCGCUCGCCCUCGGACACCUCUUCGGGAUCUAUUACACGGGAGCCAGCAUGAACCCGGCGCGGUCCUUUGCACCCGCUGUCAUCACCCGCAACUUCACCAACCACUGGGUGUUCUGGGCGGGUCCGGUGCUGGGCGCUGCUCUGGGCUCCCUGCUCUACGAGUUCGCUCUGUGCCCGCGGCCGCGGAGCUUGGCCGAGCGCUUGGCCGCCCUCAAGGGAGCUCCGCCCGCACCGGAGCCGCCGCCGGAGCCGCCGGUGGAGCCGCUGGAGCUGAAGACUCAGGGCUCGUAGGUCCCGGCCCCGCCGCCGCUGGGCUGCGUUGUGGUGCGUGUGUGUGCGGCGGGGCCCGGGCCCCCGAACCGCGGCGGGAGCUGUGUUCGU